ACAUCCGUAUUCAGUAGCUACAGCCUACAACUUUGAGUGUCCUGGUCACGUGAAACGUCCAUAGAAAAUAUUUUGGAUUCUGAAAGCAACGAGGAGUCAAGUUUUUUCUGCUGCAGUAGAUAUGUCGGAGAAGAAGAGGAAGUGAUCCAGCUCUACCUACAGCAAUUUCUCUUUGACGUCCGAACAGCCAAUCAGCUCCUGCAGUGAGCUGCCAAUCAGUUCACAGAUGAGUGAAGCUGAAUCCUGGAGUCCCAGCUGUGUUCCUAUAAAGAUUGAUGCAUCCAUAUACCAGCCAAUCAGCUUUGGUGAUGAGAAGUUAAAACGGAAGUCCACUGCUCCCAGUCUUGUUUCGAUGAAGAGUGAUGCAUCCAUGAACCAGCCGAUCAGCUUUGGUGUUAAAAGGACACAAAGCCAGCUGCCUGGAGAGCCGUCCAGCUGUUCAGUGUGUAUGCAGGUUUUGAGGGAUCCGGUCCAUUUCAGCUGUGGACACUGGUCAUGCAAACACUGUAUCAGCUCAGACUGGGACCAGGAUGAUUCACCAGCAGACUACUGCUGCUCAAAGUGUGGAAAGAAACCCAGAAAAGAUCACGAACAGCACACUGAGACCAGCCCCGUUUUGAAAGCCAAGAAGAAUCUUAAAGAAGCAAUGCAAAAUAAAUUUACUUUGAUAUCUGAAGGUGAUGGCGACCCAGGGACCUCCCUGAACAAAAUCUACACAUCACUCUACAUCGCCACUGGAGAAAGUGGAGCUCCACAUGAAAAACAUGCGUUCAGACACAUUAAACAUAAAUUGGAACGACGAUCAUCUUCUAAAACGUUUAUCAACCUCAGUGACAUCUUCAAACCUCUGCCUGGCCAAGAGAAACCCCCCAGAACAGUCCUGACGAAGGGGGUUGCAGGCAUUGGAAAAUCAUUUGCUGUGCAGAAAUUUAUUCUUGACUGGGCCGAGGAGAAAGAGAACCAGGACUUGGAUUUUGUUUUCAGUCUCGCUUUCCGAGAGCUGAAUUUGAGUUCAGGUAACAAAAGCUUGCACAAGCUCCUGACUGAAUUUCACCCUGCGCUCCACGAUCUGAAAGAUUCAGAGGAUUUCAUCAGAGCCAGAGUCCUGGUGAUCCUGGACGGCCUGGAUGAAAGCAGACUUCAGCUGGACUUUGAGAACAAGCCGGUAACAUCUGUCAGCGAAGUAACAUCUGUGGGAAAUCUCCUUGCAAACCUCAUCCAGGGAAACCUUCUUCCUGAAGCUAACCUCUGGAUAACAUCCCGUCCAGCAGCAGCCAAUCAGAUCGCUGCAGAGUUUGCGGACAUGGUGACGGAGAUAAGAGGGUUCAGUGACCCACAGAAAGAGGAGUACUUCAGGAGGAGGUUUCAUCAGGACUUGGGUCUUGCUGACAGGAUCAUUUCACACAUUCGCUCUUCACAGAGUCUGGACAUCAUGUGCCAGAUCCCGAUCUUCUGCUGGAUUUCUGCCGUAUUAUUUCAGGAGAUCUUUGGGGGAGACGAGACAGCUGAAGUUCCUCAAACUCUAACAGAGAUGAUGGCACAUUUCCUGUUUGCCCAGACAAAACGCAGAAGCAGAAAAUAUGAAAAGAAGACUGAGAGAAACAAAGAGACACUUCUGAAAACUCACAAGGAAUUUCUUCUGAAACUCGGCAAGCUCGCAUUUGUUCAUCUGCAGAAGAACAACCUCAUCUUCUAUGAUGAAGACCUAGAAGAAUGUGGGAUUGACAUAAAAGAGGCAGCCAUCUACUCUGGACUUUGUAACACAGUUCUUAGGGAAGAAGACGUCUUUUCUCAGAAAAAGGUCUUCUUCUUUGUGCACCUGACCAUACAGGAGUUCUUUGCAGCUCUUUUUGUCUAUGACUGCUUCACAAACAAGAAUACAAAAGAGCUCGGCGACUUCCUCGACCUGAAGGACAAAGAACAUACUUUGCUUGAUCUUCUAAAGAUGACAGUUGAUAAAGUGUUGAUAAAGAAGAAGAACGGCCACCUGGACUUCUUCCUGCGGUUCCUCCUUGGCCUCAUGGUUGAACCCAACCGGAGAGUCCUUCAGGGUCUGCUGACAUCGCCGGACCCAGGCCAAGAUACAGACAAGAAAGUAUUGACUCACCUCAAAGCCAUCCGAAGGAAGACCCUCUCUCCAGACAGUUGCAUCAACCUCUUCCAGACCAUGGUGGAGAUGAGAGAUCACAAAGUCAAAGAUGAGAUUCAAGAAUAUCUGAUGUUGUCAGAUGGUUCAAAAACAGAGCUGACUCCCCUGCACUGCUCUGCACUGGCCUACAUGCUGCAGGUAUCGAAGAAUGAUCUGGAUGUGAUGGACUUGAAGAGUUACAACACAUCAGAUGAAGGCAGGAGGAGGCUGAUACCAGCUGUGAGGAGCAGCAGAAAGGCCAUACUAGCAGACUGCAAAGUGACUGCAGAGUGGAUUGAGCACCUGGCCUUUGCUCUUAAGUACUCCUACUCAGCUCUGAGAGAUCUGGACCUCAGCAACAAUGACCUGAAAGAUUCAGGAGUGAAGCUGCUCUGUGAUGGACUGUCGAGUCAAUGCUGCAGACUGGAGAUAAUGAGGUUGUCUGGUUGUCUGGUCACCGAGGAAGGCUGUGCUCAUCUGGCCUCGGCUCUACGGUCCAACCCCUCCCAUCUGACAGACCUGGACCUGAGCUACAACAAUCCAGGAGACUCAGGAGAGAAGCUGCUCUCUGAGCUGAGGGACGAUCCACAAUUCAAGCUCAACACACUCAACGUUGAACAUGGGGGAAGUGACCGGAUACAACCAGGCUUCAAGAAAUAUGCCUGUGAGCUCACUUGGGACCCCAACACAGCCCACAAGAACCUCCUUCUCUCUGAAGGGAACAGAAAGGUGACCUGGGUGAAAGAGGAGCAGCCACAUCAUCAUCACCAAGAAAGGUUUGAUCAGUGCCAACGGGUGCUGUGUGAACAGGGUCUGGACGGGCGCUGCUACUGGGAGGUCGAGGUGUUCAGCCUCUUCAGUGUUGGGGUGACAUACAGAGGAGCUGACAAGGAAGGAAAAUGGGAUGAUUUCAAGCUGGGACACAAUGACAAGUCUUGGUGUCUAGUUUGCUCUAAUGAUGGUUAUUAUAUUUUGCACUGCAACAACAAAGUAGAUGUGUCUUCACUCGGAUGGCGCUCCAGUCAAGUAGGAGUGUUCCUGGAUUGGCCGGCUGGCACUCUGUCCUUCUACCGAGUUUCCUCCGACAGUAGAGUUCGCCUCCAUACCUUCAAAACAAAGUUCAGUGAACCACUUUAUCCUGCUGUUGAACUUCACACUCAGUCCUCUGCAGCAUUUUCUCAGAUUGAACCCAUUAUGUCUCAUAAAUAGUCCAAACAACUGUUGUAUUUGCAGUGUAAGGAUGUCCUAAGGGCUGUUACACUGUAUAAGACUGAAGUUGAGGGUUUCACUAACUGUUAUUGUACAUAACUAUAAUUUGGAUCCUAGAGGUUUGAACUGAGGUUACUGUGUUAAAAAUGUACACCUGCAACAAUUAGUUGACUAAUCAAAUACUUAAUUAGAAGAAACUGCUAAUUUUGAUCAUUCAUUCAUUGUUAAGUAAUUUGUCAACUACAAAUACCCAACAUUUGCUUUCUCAAGUUUCUCCACUAUGAGGAAUAUACCAUUGACAUUUCUGGAAAAUGUGAUAGAUGUUUUCUGACAUUUAUAGACAAAACAACAAAUCAAAUAUUCAAAUAAAAAAAUAAAAGCUAAAACAACUGCACUAUUCCAAAGCAUUCCCAAAGUUGGGAAGUCAACCUUUGAGGUUAUUUUGUGUUUUGCUUUGUUAGUUAGUUGAGUGGUGGCAGUUUAGUGAUUUUUAUAUGAAUCUGUCAAGCAGAGCAGUAACUUGUAGGAAUGGGCAGUGAACAAUGUGUUUGGCUGCUGUGGUGCUUAAUAUUUACUCAGUGGAAUAGAUAUGAUGUACUUUAUUGUCGCUGAAGGGAAAUUUAUUUUGGACUGUUUUGCAGCUUCACAAAAAAACAACACAAACAUAACAUUAAAAUAGACAUCUCUCAACACACAGUCAUGUAACAAAACACAUGCUCUCAUAUACAUAAGACAUCUACCUACUGUAUAUAAAUAUACACAUUCACGCCUUCUCACAAUGGCUGCAUUUGAUGGCACAACCAAUAAAUCCUGCAUUGCCCACAAUAACUGUUGCACAGAGCCCAUAGCCUACAAUGCACAAAACCGACAUAUUGCACAACCCUUACAGCCAAGUUGAAUGUUGAAUAUCGGUUCAGAUUUCACUUGGGAACCCUGAAUCUCCUACCAGAGGGUGGAAAGAUGAAAUUUUAGGUGAAGUAUGUGGGUCGGAUCAGAAACUACCUUUUGUGCCUGUCUGAUAACCGACUGCUUAUAGACUGUCUGAAAGGGUGAAUAGUUCUUAUUGUGAAAACUCAACAAUAACAGCUAAACAAAAUGUUUGAUUGCUGUGGUGCUUAAUUUUUUGUCUUCGCACCAGCGAAGCAUUAUUUUGGUUGUGCCGUAAUGAUCAGCUUCAUUGUUACAUUAUAAUUUCUUUAAAAAAUUAUUAUUCGUACCCAGGAACCGAACGGGAGAUUGUGAGCACAGUUGGUCGGAUACAGUCUAUAGUUGUGCACUGAAUAUUUGACACUUUUGACUCAAAGGUUUUUUACCCACGAUUUAAAAAUUAACUGAGCGAUUCAAGAUUUCACACACGCGUUAACUGGAAUGACACAAUGAUAGAUACACAAUAACUAGCACGGUAUGGGCUUUCCUCCAUCUUUUCUAUUCUGCCUUUCACUUCCUGCCUCAAUCUAAUUUUCGAGCAUAAUCGAAUGUACGUGACAGCAAACGUGUUUUUUGCAUGUCCAUAUUAACUUGAAUUUUAUAAAAAAGCAGACUAUCUAAUGGGGACCUGCAUAUAUUUGUCAAAUCAUGAAGCGGAACCCAGAGACCUUAAAGAAAUUCUGCUAUGGGGCCCUCCUACCUGACUCGUGAGCCAUGUAAACAAUUUGCCAUUGCUGACACAGCUGUGUCACACCUGACACAGCAGUACUCUUGCUACAAUCCUCCCACCUUUAAAACAGUCUGUCUCACUAAUAAAUCUGAAUGGAAACCUCUAGAAAAAUCCAGUGCUGGUUUGAAUGGACCUCUGCACACUAACUCAGUCCUCAUCAAGUCUCUUACAACUGGGGCCAAUCUAAUGUUCUAUUACGGUCUGAGCUGCUUGUACCUGUUGUUGGCUGUUCAUCAAGGGCGUCACUUUGUGCUGAAAAGUGGUCGGGGCAUUUAAGGGCUCAGAUUAGAGGUGCAGUGAUACACUUGCUCGUGAAAUGUUACCACAACAAGAAGAUAUUAAAAUAAAUAUUCACUACUGUGAUGUAUGAGUUGGGGGUUCUGGGGGUCUUCCUCCAGAGGAUUUUGAGCGUUAAACACUUAAUUUCCU